GGAUUUCGACGCCGGCGCAUUUCGUGGUAGGAUUGCUCGGAUGACGGAGGAUUGCGCCGCCGUGGCAGCCAUUGAUUUAACUUGAGGUUGAAAAUGAACUUCUUGAUUCUUCCCAUCCAGAAAUGGGAGCGAAUUUCUUUAUACUUGGCGCUCUGUUGGGCAAAUUACCAUUAUAUCCCGCAGAAGCUGAUCCAACUUCCAAGUAGCUGCUAGGAGCCUGGAGGGCAGAUCUGGUAUUUGGAUCUAUAAAUCGGCGUCGUUUCACGAUUUGGAGCUGCGGGGUUUCCGUUUUUGUAUGCAAACCCUCAAACCCUUUCCUUUUUUCCCUCUCGAAAUCUUCUUCUUUUUGCAUUUCUUUCUCGAAAUCAAUGGCGGAAGAAGAAGCAACGGCGUCCGAGUCCUCGGUGACGAUGGCUGAGCAGGCCGCCGCGGCAGCGGAGACUGCGCCGAUUGAAUCUCAAACUUCGAUCGAGGCCACCAUCGAAUCGUACGCUCUGGGAGGUGCGGAAUCCACUUGCAACAACAACGAGAAUGAGGCCAAGAGCGGCGAUGGGGGCGAAGAGAUGUCACUGGAGUUCGCGGAAGAGUUGACGGAGAAAGGAACCAAGGCUCUAAAGGAAAAUGAAUUCGAGGACGCUGUCGAGUGCUUCAGCCGCGCCCUGGAAAUCAGGGUUAAGCAUUUCGGUGAACUUGCUCCUGAAUGCAUCACUGCAUACUACCACUAUGGCCGUGCUCUCUUGUAUAAAGCUCAAGAGGAGGCUGACCCAUUGGGUUCAGUACCGAAGAAGGACAGUGAAUCUAAGCAGCCAUCUGGUAAAGAUGCAUCUGUGAAGAUUUCAUCGAAUGGGGAAUCUUCUUCAACAUCAAGCAAGGUUCAAGAGGAUGGCAGGUCCGGUCAUCAAAAGGAAGCGACGAACAAUGAACAGGAAGAUGACGAGGAGGAAAGUGAUGACGAUGAAUUGGUUGAAGCUGAAGCUGAUGAGGAGGAUGAGUCUGAUCUUGAUUUGUCCUGGAAAAUGCUGGAUCUUGCGAGAGCAAUUGCUGAUAAGAAUUCUGGUGAUACCAUCGAUAAAGUGGAUGUUCUAUCAGCUCUAGCUGAAGUUGCCUUAGAGAGAGAGGACAUUGAAACAUCUCUCAGUGAUUACCAGACUGCCUUAUCCCUCUUAGAGCGGCUCGUUGAACCUGACAGUAGGCUUAUAGCUGAACUAAACUUCCGGAUCUGUUUAUGUCUGGAAACUGGCUCUAGGGCAGAGGAAGCAGUCCCAUAUUGCGAGAAAGCUAUUUCAGUUUGCAAGUCACGUCUACAGCGUCUCGUUGCUGAAACAAAGAGUUCUUCUGAGUCAGCAGCAACAUCAGCUGUUUCAGAAAUGGAUGAGGGUGUCCAGCAGUCAUCUACUGGACCUCUGCCUGACAUAUCUGUAUCAGACAAAGAGGCAGAGAUUGAAACACUUGCAGGCCUAUCUCUGGAUCUAGAAAAGAAGCUCGAAGAUCUCCAGCAGCUCGCCGUGAACCCAAAGUCGAUUCUUCAAGAGAUCCUGGGAAUGGCAGCAGCCAGCGCCAGAGGCGACGAUCAGAAGACUGGUUCCCCGGGUUUAGUGAGCUCUUCUUCACGGUUUGCAACAAAUAGAAGUGCUGGGGAGUCGGAGUCCCCUACUGUCUCGACUGCUCAUACAAAUGGAGAUGGUGGUGGUGUCACUCACCUGGGUGUUGUUGGGAGAGGAGUGAAGCGCAUGUUGAUAGCCCCGAUCAGCCCAGCAAAGAAACUCGCUGUUGAGGCAUCGACAGACGGAGCAGAGGGGGAUGAUGAUGCCAAAGCUUCUUGAAUGUCCGGUUUGAAUCUCGAUCGUUGGACCUUUUUUAACUAUAUUGGGAGCUCACUAUAGAUAGUCUUAUGAGGAUGGAAAGAGGACUUAGCUACAUCGUUUCUGCAUUCUGCUCGUGUUGCGAGCGUGACCUUAGUUUUACUCCCCCUGUGAUACGUAGUAGGAUUGUGUUGCUCAAACUGAUUAUCUAGUGUUUUAGGGUCAACUUGCUCCAAACCAAAUUAUCCACCCUAACUUUCAAAUCAAUUCGAAACAAUGAGUAUUGAGAUAUCUGUUAUGUC